GUCAGGGGAGGCGAGGCUGGGAUGAACCUGAGAGAAUCUCACAUGUGAAUUGAAAGAGUAAAGGAAGGCUUUGUGGCCUGAUAGGAACAUCUUAAAGUAAUUCAAGGAUGGCAUUUUGACCAGAUGUUGAAGUUAAUUAGAUAUUUUCUCUAAAAUACUUAUCUAUUAAUAUUGUAGAAGCCAUGUCAGUUCAUUUUGAUGAAAGAAGUGGGACUGUUCGCUGCAAGACCCCAUGGGGUGAAUGGUAUCAGACCAUGGAAGAAGUUUUCAUUGAUGUCCAUGUUCCAGUUGGAACAUCUGCAAAAGAAAUCAAAUGUAGUCUGGGGAGUAAAGAUAUAGCAUUGUCUGUUAAGGGACAAGUGAUAUUGAAGGGGAAGCUCUUUGAUUCUACUGUUUCUGAUGAAGGAACAUGGACUCUAGAGGAUAAGAAACAGAUCAGUAUAGUUCUAAGGAAAAGUAACCGAGAAGCUGGGAACUGCUGGUCUUCAUUGCUGGAAGGGCAGUAUCGUGCUGACCCCCUGCUGCAAGAUGAAAUGCAGAAGAAACUUACACUAGAGAGGUUCCAAAGGGAGCAUCCUGGCUUUGACUUUAGUGGAGCUGACAUUUCUGGAAACUAUGGUGGUGGCGGUCCAGAUUUCUCAAAUUUGGGAAAGUGAAGACAAUUCAAAGACGCAAUUGCCUAAUACUAGACUUUGAGAAUAAAAGUGCAGAAUACAAGCUGUUGAAAAUGCCUCCGAAGGACUCAGUGAUCCAAAACUUGCUGGGAAAAUAAAGAUGACUUGGCAGAGCACACUGUUAUUAGUUGUAACCAACCCAGGAAUUUGCAUUUUUGAGGAAAAAAAUACACCAUGAGUUGUGAAUCAUUGCAAAUUGCUGUACGAUUUGAAAUGCACCCCCACUGACCUUGCAUAACAGAUCUUGCUGUUACUGACCCUGUGAUUUUCAAGGAGUUGCUGAAUUUACAUCAUUAAUAUAAUGAAACAAGUUGGUUAAAGUUAGGACAGCUAUUGAAUAUUGUAAGCACACUUUAAAUGGAGUGACUAAUUGUCUUGACAUGCCACUCAACUUUGGAAAUUCAGAAAGAGAACAGUUAAAACUGGAGUUUGUGGAGGCUUAUCAAGUGAAUGUCUCAUGCAUUUCUUUUGUGGUCUCACUCUCAAUUUAAUCUUUAGUCCUGAUACUGUUUCCUGCCUUUAAUUUGACUCAAUUUCAUCCUAUUCUGUAUCAAUCUUUUUUUUCCUCUUCAUUAGAACAGUGAGAUCAACUGAAUAGUUCUAACGAAAAUGCCCACUUUUUAAAUUAAAGAUACCCACAAAAAAUCCUCCUUAUAAAAAGGAAAUGUAAAUUAAUUCUGAAUAUUAUCUGCAGUCUGGAGAAAGCAAUCUUUGUAGAAUGCAACACUUAAGAGAGGCCUCAAAUGUACUGCUGGACACUGCUUCUUCCCUGGCCUCAGAUGAGAGACAGAGAGUGUGACCACUUCACACUGUUCAUACCUUUUUCGUUCACAAUAAACUGUUAGUCCUGCAAUUUACCACAUUGCUGCUGUUGCAUUGUGCUUGAUUGUAGUCAUUUCUAGCACUAAAAUAAUUGGAACCUAGGGCUGAGAAGGAAGUUAUAACUUGGAUUUUUGACACAAAAUGCUUGCCACCAGCAAAUUCUGGGUCACAGAUAUGCACGUUUUAAGAUGCAUAUAUCUGCUUUAAAAAUAAAAUUCUGUAUAACCUUCUG